UCACAUGUAGUCGCCGAAGAAGCGGGUUACGUCAUCAAGAUGCGCCGCGGCUUGUCGGCUGUUGUCUGACUGCGGGACGGCGGAGAAAAGUGACCAAAAACGCCCUCAAACAGCCAGUUGUCAACUAAGAAAAAAAGUCAAUGUUUUAAUUAAUGUGACGUGGUUGAGGAGCAGGGGGGGUGCUACCAUGCUGGCUUUGGGGGGGCUCCGCCUUCUGCGGCUGCCCGUCCGAACCGCCUGUGGCGCGGCGUUCCUCAGGAAGUCUUCGCCCUCGGCCAUCACUCACUCUGACAGCUCGGCGCAACACCGGCUGUCCUCUGGGGACGCCGCUUCUGGGUGGUACCAUCAGGUGUCGCACUCGGCACCUGUGCACCUGGCCGAAGACUUCCUGGUCCACGUCCAGCAGAGCAGCGGUCUGCCGUGGUGGCUCAGCAUCGUCGUCUGCACGCUGUCAGUCAGGACGCUCGUGACGCUGCCGCUCGCCGCCUACCAGCUCGUCAUUCUUGGCAAGGUGGAGGCGCUCCAGGCGGAGAUCGCGGUGCUGGCGAAGAGGCUCCGGUACGAGGUGUCCGUGCGAGCCAAGGAGAGAGGCUGGACGGACAAACAGUGCCGGUUCCAGUUCCGCAAGAACUUGCGCCGCGUGGUGUCCCAGCUGUACAUCCGGGACAACUGUCACCCGGUCAAAGCCAGCCUGCUGGUGUGGGUCCAGCUGCCCCUCUGGAUCAGCCUGUCCCUGGCCCUGCGGAACCUCAGCCUGGAAAACCAGGCCCUGAGGCCGGAUCUGAUGACCGGCGGCGCUCUGUGGUUCGCCGACCUCACGUCGCCCGACACCACCUGGCUCCUCCCACUUUCCCUAGGCCUGGUGAACCUGCUCACGAUUGAGGUAUUUUCCCUCCAGAGGUCCACGGCGUCGUCUUUUCACAAAUGGCUGACCUACGCCAUGCGAGGCUUCGUCCUGCUCAUGAUUCCCGUCGCCGCCGCCGUCCCUUCGUCCAUGGCGCUCUACUGGUUCUCCUCCAGCGUGGUGGGCCUGGGUCACAAUCUGCUCCUUCGUUCUCGCGCCCUGCACAAGCUCCUGAAAGUUCCCAGCAGACGCUCGGACACGCCGUACAGAGACCUGCUGGCCGCCCUGGUGGCCAAGUACUGCAAGUAGCAAGUAAACUGGAACAUUUCACUGCUGGACUCGCUUGACCCCAUAGCUAGAACUUCAUUUCCUGUCCACUGCAGACAAUACAAAUCUACUAGGGACCCUCAAACAUUUCCUGUUUUCCUACUCACUGCUUUGUUUUUUUUCCUGUAGAAACUGUGGCAGCUCCUCUGCAACUAAACAACUACCCAACAGUAAGACGUAAUCAUGAGACAAAAAGAUGAACUGAAGUCAUAAUCAUGAGAUAAAAAGAUGAAAUGAGGUCAAAAGUCAUGAUUAUGAGAUAAAGACUUAAUAAUGACUUAAGUCUUACAUAUGAGAUAAAGAUGACAUUAGUUGAAAAGUCACAAUUAUGAAAUAAAAAGUUGAAAUGUUAAAUUUAUAAUUUUUAUUUUGUAUCUCACAGUUAAGACUUUCUCAUAAUUAUGACUUAUUUCAUAAUUUUGUUUUUUGAUCUGAUUAUGACUUGAUUUAAAUUUAACUUCUGAUCUCAUAAUUUUAACUUUAUAUUACAGCUGACUUUCUAAUAAUUUUGACUUUGAAUUUCAUAAUUUUAAUUUAUCUCAGUUAUGACUUCUCAUAAUGACUUAUUUCAUAAUUUUGAGAGUGGAUCUGAUAAUUAUGGCUUUUGAUUUAAUAAUGAAGACUUCUGAUCUCAUCAUUUUGACUUUUUAUCUCGUAGUUGACUUCGCCAUAAUUGACUUUUGAUCUCUGAAUUAUGAUUUUAAUUUGAUAAUGUCUUUUGAUCUAAUAUGACUUUUGAUUGAAUAAUUAUGACUUUUGAUAUAAUUGUGACUCUAGAUUUAAUAAUUAUGACUUGAUCUGAUAUAAUUAUGACUUGAUGUAAUAAUUUCGACUUUUUAUCUGAUCAUUGUGAUUUGAUCUCGUAAUUAUGACUUUAUAUCUGAUCAUUAUGACUUCUCAUAAUUGACUUAUUUCAUAAUUGUCAGCAUUGAUCUGAUCAUUUUCACUUGAUUUAAUAAUUAUGACUUCUGAUCUCAUAAUUUUGACUUUUUAUCUCAUAGUUGACUUUGUCAUAAUUUAGACUUUUGAACUCUGAAUUAUGACUUUUGAUUUAAUUAUGACUCAAUCUCAUAAUUAUGACUUGAUUUAAUCAUGACUUGAUCUCAUAAUUAUGACUUUGGAUUUAAUCAUUCUGACUUGAUCUGAUAUUUAUGACUUUAAAUUUAAUCAUGACUUGACGUAAUAAUUUUGACCUGAUCUGAUAUGACUUGAUCUCAUAAUUCUGACUUUUGAUUUGAUCAUUAUGACUUGAUUGAAUAAUUUAGACUUUUGAUUUGAUCAUUGUGAUUUUAUCUCGUAAUUAUGACUUUAUAUCUGAUCAUUAUGACUUCUCAUAAUUGACUUAUUUCAUAAUUGUCAGUGUUGAACUGGUCAUUUUCACUUGAUUUAAUAAUUAAGACUUCUGAUCUCAUUAUUUUGACUUUUUAUCUAAUAGUUGACUGUCAUAAUUUUGACUUUUGAUAUCUGAAUUAUGACUUGAUUGAAUAAUUUUGACCUUUAUCUCAUAAUUAUGACUUUAGAUCUGAUAUGACCUUUGAACUCACAAUUAUGACUUUAAAUUUAAUAAUUAUGACUUGAUCUGAUAAUUAUGACUUUAGAUGUAAUCAUCAUGACUUGACGUAAUAAUUUUGACCUUAUCUGAUACGACUUUUGAUCUCAUAAUUAUGACUUUUGAUUUGAUCAUUAUGACUUGAUUUGAUUAUUUUGACUUUUGAUUGGAUCAUUGUGAUUUGAUCUCGUAAUUAUGACUUUAUAACUGAUUAUUAUGACUUCUCAUAAUUGACUUAUUUCAUAAUUGUCAGCAUUGAUCUGAUCAUUUUGACUUGAUUUAAUAAUUAAGACUUCUGAUCUCAUAAUUGUGACUUUUUAUCUCAUAGUUGACUUUGUCAUAAUUAUAACUUUUGAUUUAAUAAUCAUGACUUGAUCUCAUAAUUAUGACUUUAGAUUUAAUAAUUAUGACUCGAUCUGAUAUGUAUGACUUUAGAUUUAAUCAUGGCCUGACGUAAUAAUUUUGACCUGAUCUGAUAUGACUUCAUCUCAUAAUUAUGACUUUUGAUUUGAUCAUUAUUACUUAAUUUAAUAAUUUAGACUUUUGAUUUGAUCUCGUAAUUAUGACUUUAUAUCUGAUCAUUAUGACUUCUCAAUAUUGUCAGCGUUGAUCUGAUUAUUUUGACUUGAUUUAAUAAUUUUGACUUUAUCUGAUAUGACCUUUGAUCUCAUAAUUAUGACUUUAGCUUUAAUCAUCAUGACGUGACGUAAUAAUUUUGACCUAAUCUGAUAGGACUUUUGAUCUGAUAAUUAUGACUUUUGAUCUGAUAAUUAUGAGUUUUAAUUUUGAUCAUUAUGACAUGAUUUAAUUAUUUUGACUUUUGAUCUGAUAAUUAUGACUUUUGAUUUUGAUUAUAAUUACUUGAUUUAAUUAUUUUGACUUUUGAUCUGAUAAUUAUGAUUUGAUCUUGUAAUUAUGACUUCUCACAAUGAUUUGAUCUCGUAAUUAUUCAUUUUUAUCUGAUCAUUACGACUUCUCAUAAUUAUGACUUAUUUCACAAUUGUGAAGUAAAGUGAAUUGAAUUGUAUUUAUAUAGCGCUUUUCUCGAGUGACUCAAAGCGCUUUACAUAGUGAAACCCAAUAUCUAAGUUACAUUUAAACCAGUGUGGGUGGCACUGGGAGCAGGUGGGUAAAGUGUCUUGCCCAAGGACACAGCGGCAGUGACUAGGAUGGCAGGAGCGGGAAUCGAACCUGCAACCCUGAAGUUGCUGGCACGGCCGCUCUACCAACCGAGCUAUAUGCCCCCUGUGUUGAUCUGAUAAUUUUGACUUUAAUCUGAUUAUGACGACUUUUGAUCUGAUAAUUAUUACUUUUGAUCUCAUAAUUUUGACUCUUAUGACUUAUUUCAUCAUUAAGGGUUUAGAUCUGACCAUUUUGACUUGAUUUGACAAUUAUGACUUUUAAUCUCAUAAUUAUGACUUUGCUCUGAUAAUUAUGACUUUUGCUGGAGGAAUGAUUAUGACUUUGAUGUGAUCUUCAUGAGAUCUCAAGGUGUAUUUCCCGAGGAUGCUGGAGUGUCAUGAUAAUAUUGUGUGUGCUGCAUGGAAUGUUCCUUCAAUAAAUUGCGUGGGAGAGAAACAUCCCAACAUGGA